AUGGCCUACCGUCUCAUCACACAAGUCGUCGUCAUCGGCUCCCGUACCAUCGGUCGUGCCUUUGCCGAGGCCUACAAGCAAGCACAAGCAUCCUCCCAGUACCAGCGUGCGCAAGCAAAGCUCGACCCAAAUGCCGCCGCUGCUCGCGCCAGUCUGAGCAGCGGCAUGACUCUCGAUGAGGCCUGCAAAAUCCUCAACGUUAAGCCGCCACAGGGCGGCAAGGCCAACUUGGACGAGGUCAUGGAGCGGUUCAAGAAGCUAUUUGACGCAAACAACCCAGAGAAAGGCGGUAGCUUCUAUUUGCAGAGCAAGGUGCUGAGAGCGAGGGAACGAUACGAGGCCGAGAUUAAGCCGGCCAUGGAAAAAGCUGCUCAAGAAGCAGAGGUCCAAGAGGGGUGGAAGCCCAAGGUGUACAAGGACCGGUGA